GAUUUGAAUGAAAGUCCUGUGGAGAAUGGACAGCUUCGCAUUUGUCCGAAAAUAGCUCACAAAAUCAAGAAGCACGUGAAAACGCGUCAUCUUCCUUCUAGCGCCUUCACCGCCAAGGAAUAUAGGACUCUACUUCCUUCGGGCCCGGUGCUGGCAGUGGUGGUCAACAGAAAGCUAGGUUAGGUUGGUCAUUCGGGUUUCAGUUGCUUACCCCCUCCACUUGUCUACUUGUCAACACUUGAGGCCCAUGUCUAUGAUUCACACCCUUACAAACAUCAACAAACCACACAGCUGAUUGUACUUCGGAGUUGCAAGGUUACAGUCUGCAGCUUUUGCUGGAACCUCCGCUCUGCCGGACACUGGUAUGCCUCAGCACCCCUCCAUGAAACUCUAAAACUUCAACUGUGGAAGCAUUAGAAAGGCUGCAAAAUGGACAUCAACGCAGCAAAAUGGGCUGUGCUUGUCGGCUUGCUGAUUAUAACACUGUUUCUCUCAAUGCUACCUCUGUGGCUUUUGUGGUCUGUACGUCAUACUAUUGACCAGUCACGGAAAGCCAAGUAUGCCCGUGUUAUCAGUUUACUAAGUUGCUUUGCUGGAGGAGUCUUCAUGGCAACGGGUCUUCUUCAUUUAUUCCCUGAGGUUGACGAAGCUCUUACAAAGGCCUCCUGGGGGCAUGGAUUUCCUGUUGCUGGCUUUUUGACUGCAUUUGGAUUUUUCCUUGUACUUACUAUGGAGCAAAUAGUACUGGAUUACAAAGAAACUGCGAACAUUAGAGUGCUGUCUCGAGGAGAACCCAUUGAAGGAACUGACAAUGAUGUUGACCAAGUGAGAAGACGAGGAGGCUCUGUUGUUGGAGUGAGGGACCACCCUCUGACGACUAGUUUUGAUGGUUCAUCUCUUGACCCAGCAGCUGCAGUAGAUGCAGAUCCACACUCAACAUUCCGUUCAGUACUUCUUACUGCUGCAUUGUCUCUCCAUUCUGUUUUUGAGGGGCUUGCCAUUGGUUUACAGGGAACUGUUGAUGGUGUGAUGCAGUUUUUCCUGGCAGUGAGUUUGCACAAAGCUGUCAUUGCAUUUGGAUUAGGGCUGAACUUGGCACAAAGUAGGCUUUCUUUAUGGGCCAUUGUUAGAGCCAAUCUUGUCUUUUCUCUUGCCUCACCCAUUGGCGUAGCUAUUGGCAUGGGUAUUGAGGAUUUUGGACAUUCUAUGAACGAGUCAAUUGUAAAUGGUGUUCUUCAAGGUCUUGCCUGUGGCACUUUCUUCUAUGUCACCUUCUUUGAGGUCUUACCUCAUGAGCUUAAUCAAGGUGGUGACCGUCUGUUGAAACUUCUUGCCACUCUGAUUGGAUUUUCUGUGAUAUGUGGUGUGAUGUUCUUGGAUCCUGAUGCAGCUCCUUCUGGAGACGCAUCAUGUGCACGCAUUACUUGAUCAACAAGUCACUGUAUGUGAUUCCUUGUGUGAAAUCUCACUUGGUAUUGUGAUAUUGCUAUUCCACGAAACUCUCAAGAAUGAUCCUAUUUUGGUCGGAAAAGAAGAAAAAAAUAAAAAGUCUUGCUUUUGAACUUAUUUAGUUACUGGUGGACUGUGAAAAGAAACUUCUGAUCAAAUUAUAAAUAUGUGUCUAAUUUUAAAUGGGCAGGAACUGUCAAUGUUCUCUCUGAAAUUUUCUUUCAUUGUAAUUGCCACAAAGUAUUUUUGUUUACAUUUUGGAUGCAAUUCAUCAAGGCAUUGUGGUUGUGCCACAAGUAUCAGCCACUUACUUUGGACUGAUUCUAUGUGAUAUUUGAAUAAGUAGAAAUGUAGAUGUUCCCUUUUUGAUGUAAAUGUUAAUAAAAGAUUGCAUUUGUCGUUCUAAAACUUGUAAAAACCUGCUGUUUGAGCUAUGUUUUUCACUUUUUCACAAAUACAAUGGCUAGUUGAGAAAUAAAGUAGACUCAAUCAUGUAAA